CGUAAAAUGCAGAUUCGGUGCAAGAAAAUCGGGAAAUAUAGGCGGUUUUCUUUGAAAAAAAUAGCUGGAAAAUGAAUGGCACUGCUUUAAAACUUUUGAAAAUUCCCGCCAACCUCAUCUGAGUUGGGGCAAAUCUCUUCAGAGGACACUUGCGUGCUGCGACUGCUUGCAAAUCAAAAGCGAUAAAAACAAUAACAUCUUCAUUCAGAUUUUGGAGCCGGACCCCACAAUUAAUUAUCACUUUCCGUUGAAAUGGCACUGGAAAUCAAAGAAGUCUCGAGCAACAAGUGUUUUGCUGGUUUUCAAAAAGUGUUUUCCCAUCAAAGUGCAUCGACGAAAUGUGAGAUGAAAUUCGCCGUGUAUCUUCCUGCCAAGGCGGUGGACAACACGCCCUGUCCUGUCAUCUACUGGCUCUCCGGUUUGACCUGCAACGAACUGAACUUUGUCCAGAAGGCCGGUGCUCAAAAAAUCGCUUCCGAGCUAGGAAUCAUCCUCGUCUGCCCUGACACCAGCCCUCGUGGUUGCAACAUUGCUGGUGAGGAUGACAGUUGGGACUUUGGAACCGGCGCUGGAUUCUACGUGGACGCUACUGAGGAGGCGUGGAAGAUAAAUUACAGGAUGUUCUCCUAUGUCACUGUCGAAUUGCCCGAGGUUGUCAAUAAGAAUUUCCCGACCAACGGCAAACAGUCGAUCAUGGGCCACAGCAUGGGUGGUCACGGAGCUCUGGUUUGCGCUCUUCGCACUCCUGGAUUUUACUCGUCUGUUUCUGCUUUUGCUCCAAUUUGUGCUCCAACUGAGUGUCCUUGGGGCCACAAAGCCUUUUCUGGAUAUUUGGGUGCUGAUAAGGCCAAGUGGGACGAGUACGACGCUUGCAAGCUGGUUUCAAAAUACUCGGGGCCCCCUCUCGGAAUCCUCGUCAGUCAGGGAGAGUCGGAUCAGUUCCUGAAAGACGGACAGCUGCAACCGGAAAAGCUGGUCGAGGCUUGCGCCAAGUCUUGCAUGCCUGUCAUCUUGAACCGUGACGAAGGUUAUGACCACAGCUACUUCUACAUCGCCACCUUUAUUAAUGACCACAUUGCACAUCACGCCAAAUUUUUGUUUGAAUAAAAAAAGAACGCUUAUUUUUGGAGGGCA